GAAGACACAGGACAGUGCAGGGAGAAGACACAGGACAGUGCAGGGAGAAGACACAGGACAGUGCAGGGAGAAGACGCAGGACGGUGCAGGGAGAAGACACAGGACAGUGCAGGGAGAAGACACAGGACGGUGCAGGGAGAAGACACAGGACAGUGCAGGGAGAAGACGCAGGACAGUGCAGGGAGAAGACGCAGGACGGUGCAGGGAGAAGACACAGGACAGUGCAGGGAGAAGACGCAGGACAGUGCAGGGAGAAGACGCAGGACAGUGCAGGGAGAAGACACAGGACAGUGCAGGGAGAUUACGCAGGACAGUGCAGGGAGAUUACGCAGGACAGUGCAGGGAGAUUACGCAGGACAGUGCAGGGAGAAGACGCAGGUAUAGACAUACUUAUUAGAAUUGAGGUCAGAAGUAGAAGUUACUGUAUUUGACCAAAAGUGUGUUAAGAUGUCAGAGGGAGUUUAUGGAAACUCAGAUUGAGUUGAAGAUGAUGAGCCUGAUGCAAUGAAGAACACAGACAUCGAUGGCCAAUUAUAUGCCAACGUAAGAGCCUUCAAACCCAGUCCAAGAGAUGGAGUUGUUGCUUCAGCACAUGCUCAGUGGUGGAAGAGACCCUCUGGAGUUGCUGCAGUGUGUCUGGGGCUGCUGUGUGUUCUCCUACUGGCUGGGAUCAUAGGCCUGUCUGUCUACUAUGGAGUCAUUGGUCAUCACAACUCAACAGAGAGAAACCAGCUACAGACCAGUUACAAUGCCAUGACUGAAGAGAGAAACCAGAUACAGACAAGUAACAACAACCUGACUAAAGAGAGAGACCAUCUACAGACUAGUUACAACACCCUGACUAAAGAGAGAGACCAGCUACAGACCAGUUACAACACCCUGACUAAAGAGAGAGACCAGCUACAGACCAGUUACAACACCCUGACUAAAGAGAGAGACCAGCUACAGACCAGUUACAACACCCUGACUAAAGAGAGAGACCAGCUUACCAAUUGUAAACAAACCUGUCCUGAAGGCUGGCUGAAGUUUGAAUCCAGUUGCUACUUCCUGUCUACUGAGUCUAAAACCUGGAACGAGAGCAGAAAGGACUGUCUAGAGAGAGGAGCAGACCUGGUGAUCAUAAACAGUGAUAAGGAACAGGAGUUUCUCUUCAAACUCAAGAAGAGAGUCUGGAUUGGUCUGACUGACUCUGUUAGUGAGGGGACUUGGAAAUGGGUGGACGCAUGGAGGAGGAGGUGUGAUGGUGUGGGGGUGCUUUGCUUGUGA